CCCAUCUUUCAUAAUCUAUACCUUCUCUUCUACUUUUUAGUUCUCUCUCCUUUUCUAAUCCACAUUAUUCUGAAUGGCUCAUCGGAGCAUACUCAAUUCUUUGUUUCCCCAUAGACCAGUGUGAAUAUACCAGCAAUUGGACAUAUCCAGCUACUAUCUACCCCUAAUAUAUUACUCCGAACUCCGUAAGCCGUCCGCAUGAGUACCGAACCUCCCGUUCCGGAGACGAGCGUCUUAGCCGUCGCCAGUCAUGUUGUUUCAGGGAACGUCGGGAAUAAGAUCGCGGUCUUCGUACUUCAGUCUAUGGGCUGCGAUGUUUCUGCUUUGAAUACUGUACAGUUUAGCAACCACACGGGCUAUAAACAAUGGAAGGGUACACGGGUAUCAGCGCAGGAGAUUACCGAUCUAUGGGAUGGCCUGAAACAAUCAUACCUUGAUAACUUCCACAUGAUGCUCUCGGGAUACGUACCAGGUGCUGAGGCCGUCGAGGCUGUAGGUAAUAUUGGCCAGGAACUCAGACGUAAAGCCGAGGCUGGCGACCCGGGAAGCUUUUUCUGGGUGUUGGAUCCGGUUAUGGGUGAUAAUGGACGGCUUUAUGUGGCGGAGGCGGUGGUUCCUGCGUAUAAGAGUUUGUUGCAUUUUGCGGAUCUUAUACUGCCGAAUCAAUUCGAAGCCGAACUCCUCUCCGGCGUGAAGAUAACCGACUCCGCAUCCCUCGAGCGCGCCAUUGAAGUCCUACACCAGGAGUACGGCGUCCCACAUAUCGUCAUCACAUCCGUAUCCCUACCACUCCUCAGCUCUUCAUCUCCAUCGUCCGAUAUACCCAAGACUAUGUCCGUUGUUGGCUCGACUAUGACAUCAGACCGACGAGCGCGAAUCUUCAAAAUCUCAUUCCCGGUGUUCCAAUGCUACUUCAGCGGCACAGGCGACAUGUUUGCCGCGCUAAUGGUAGUACGGAUCCGCGAGGCAGUCUCCAAUUUCGAUAAACUCAACGACGAGAAACUGAGUGGCAAGCGUUCAUGGCUCAGCGCCGAUGAUGUUAAGGCAACGGAUCUACCACUCGCAAGAGCGGCCGAGAAGGUCUUGGCUAGUAUGCAUGAAGUCCUAGAACGCACGUGUCAGAGUAUGACAACGGAGAUUGCGACCGCAAAAGAGAGGAGUGGGGACUUGGAUGAGAAGAGUUUGCAUUUGUUAAAGUCGAGGGCUGCGGAGUUGAAGCUCGCGAGGAAUUUAGGCUCGUUGAGGGAUCCGACGGUGGAGUAUCGGGCGGAGAAGAUGUGAGUGUAGGUAGGGGGUAUAGACAAUUUAGAUGGAUAUCCCGGGUUAGGUUUAGCAUUAUACCGGCUUUAUGAGAGGAAUGAAAUAGAUGAUCAUCGUAUAUCAUGGUAUUCAUUGUGUUAUGAUGGUAGACUACUUGGCUGAGUCUAAAAAAUUAACUAUAGCUUCCCCUUGCUGACUACGACGAUUUUUACAUUUGCUUGUGAGAGUAGAAUUGCUACGGAAAAUCAACAUGAUUGUGAAAGGGAUUGCCCCCUCUUAUUGUUCUAUAGUCAGGAG